AUGUCUUCCGAUAACGUAACGGAACCAAAGACACACGCAGACGUGUUAGAAAAAGACCAAGAGAAUUCGUCAGAAGAGACACCAUUUUCUGAAUCAUUACACGGUAGUUCGCAGCCUAAAGCAAAGGCACAGAAUACAGAUCGCCGACAGGCAAAAAUACAUUCUCCUUAUAAGACUAAUCAAACUGAUACAGAUUUCGCACCCGAAGAGAACGAAGAUGAGGAGAGUGAGGAAAAUAAAUUCGAUGAAUUUAUCCUCAAUAAUUUUAUGCCUUUCUCUGGUGCAGAGGAUAUUCUCAACUGGUUAGACGAAACAGAUAAGAAAUUUCGUUAUCACAAAAUAUCACGUAAUAUUCGAUACAAGGCCAUCCCCUUGUUAGUAACCGAUGACGCCAAACGGACAUGCAUUUUGAAUGAAUCUCAUAUUAAAACCUAUGAUGAUUUUUACAAAUGUCUUUGGACGACUUAUCAUAAGGUAUCCACUGCAGAAUCUCGUUCACGAACAAACUCUUUAGGAUAUUCAGUCAGUCAGAAUAAUGAUUUACACAUGUCGUCCGUGACAAAAAACAUAUCUUUUCAUGAUCCACCGAUAGCACAUUCGAUUCAUUUCGAUGAUUCUGAUAGUUUACCACCACGUCCUAUCUUACGAUCUACAACAAUUGCUGAAGGAGGUACCGCCAAAAUAGUUGGCGAUGAACCUGUCUACGGAAGAACCUUCCAAUCGUCUGAUCUAUCGCGUAGUACGUGUAGUCUCGAGCAAACCACAUAUGUCAUUCAUAAAGCCAUUAUUGACAAUCUCAUCAAUAAUCCAAAGACAUUUCAAGGGGGAAAAGAUGAUGUGAAACAGUGGCUAGAGGAUGUUGAACAAUUAUUUGAUACUGCACAAAUCCCUGAUAGCUAUAAGUUAGAUCUCAUUCCAUAUUCACUGCGAGGCGAGGCACGUCGUUGGUACAAGAAUACCAAAGCCAGUCUGACCUCCUGGCCAAUAUUUGUAAAAGAGUUGAAAGAAGCCUUCCUUUCACCAUUCCAUGAUGAACUGGCCUUCAAAAAACUUGAUUCCUACACACAGGGAAUUAAUCAGCCAGUUCGUAGCUUUUACAAUGAAGUGCUUAAAUUGUGUAACGAAACCGACCUGGAAAUGAGUGAGUCUAUGAAACUUCGCCAUCUGCUUAAAAAGGCAAAACCCACGCUGCAGUAUGAAAUCCGUAAGCGAAAACCUACCACGACCAAACAAUUUCUUGAAUACGGUAAGGAAGCCGAAGAGCUCCUUCAGUUGUCAAAUCUUGAGAUCAACAGUGAUCCGUCUAGUUCUCAUGACCAUAAGCCAACUACAUCGGCACAAUCCACAGUAACAGCCGCCCGGACGUCAUCUAGCACUGUUAAUAACUUCCCUUUCAUUCCAUACGAUCCGAAUAUGAGUUAUAACAAUUUCCGUCCAAAUAAUCGAUAUAAUAACAAUCGAUAUAAUAACAAUCGAAACUAUAACUAUAACUCUCGCUCUAACCAAUCGCCAAACCCUUUCGGAUCCUUUCACUCCUCUCGUUCCUCCUUUCCUCAAGAUAACUCUUCGUAUCACUCUACAUCAACCACAGGUUCUAAUCAGCGCUCGUCAUAUUCUAAUUCCCCUAGUAACUAUAAUACACCUCCUAACGUAUCCAACAAUCAGCACAGCAUUAAUUAUCAGCCGCGGACCAUUAAUAAUACUGCCAAGAAUAACCCGAACUCAGUUCAUUCUGUGAAUCAUAUAUUAGCGAUUGAUGGUCAAUCACCCGCUCAGCUGACACCUCCAGCUGCCGAGGCAGUCACUUGUGCUCAGUAUAUAGAUGGGGACCAACAGGCAUCCGCCUGUUCCCAUUUCUAA